AUGGACGGGAUUAUGAGACGUGGGCCUCUCUCCGACCUUACUCAGUACAUUAAUCCGGACAUUAAUAAGUAAGUUGAUCGUAUUUUAUUGUUCUUAUUGUUUUAGGUAAUAUUCUUUGGGGUAUUUUCUUUAUGAGGUACUAGAGAUGCUGUAGAUUGUUUUAGAAUUUGAAGCUAGCUAAAAUUGUUGGGUUUCGGCCGUUUUUGUGAAAUCAGAAGUUUAGGUAACACAUUGUUAACAAAAGUCGGAGUUUUGCAAAAUUCUGGCCAAUUUUUCUAUCUUUCAGCUUUAGUUUUUUAUUACAAUGAAGAAAUAGUUAAUUCUUACAUUUUUCAUCUUGUUUUACCUAAAAAAACUUUCGAAAGCUAUCAAAACUUCAAUCGUUUUACGAUCUUUCAAAAAUUCUGCGUGAUCACGCUCGAAAAGUGCCGUUUUGAAGUAAAACAAACCUAAAUUUAUAAAAUAAAACGUUCUUUAACAUCUUUUCUACCUAAACAACUUACUUUUCUCUUGAAAUCAUUUCAAAAUCCAGUAACUUUAUGCAAAAUCGCAAAAGAAACACCGAAACUUUCCUCGUAUAACAUGUCCGGACAAUUUUUUGUUUUCGCUGAAUUUUUGGGUAAAACUUCAAACUUUUACAGCCAAAUUAAUGUUUAUAUUUUCAGUACUCGUGUCCAAAAUGCAAUGGGAAACCAUGCAUUCGGAUUUCCGCGCAAAACGGCCAAACCCGACACUUACAAGACGGUGAUGUGCCAGGCCUGGCUGGAGUCGAUGAAGUGCUCGUUCGGCGAGAACUGCAAGUUUGCUCAUGGCGAACACGAGUUACGACCAGUGAAGUGAGUUUAUUUUCCUUGUUUCGUGAAUUUUUAGGAAGGUAUUGACUUGUUUUGUGCGAAUUUCGGUCAAUUUCGCUGUUGUUGUAGAUGAUUUGAUGUUAUAGCGUCUUCUCUAGUUUUUUGGUCGGAAUUUCUUGAAAUUUUGUUGGAAAUGAAGCUAAACUCAUUGUUUGAUCUAAUUCUAUCUAUAAAUUUCAAAAACCUUUUCCAACUUAUGAAAAACGAUUGAAUUUUGCCCAAAAAUGCCAUGAGACAAGUGUAAUAUAAAAAUCUGUCGAACUAUCUAGUAUUUUACAGUUUCAGAUUCGGCACACAGGUUCGCAACAACCUCAAGUACAAAACGAAACUUUGUGACAAGUACACGACGACUGGUAUAUGUCCGUAUGGCAGUAGAUGUCUGUUUAUCCAUCCGGCCCCAUCUAAAGCACAAGCUAACGGAUCGGUAGGCGAAACUGGUUCUAUUCUGGUAAUUUUUAAGAUUCUUUUUGAGGUUUUUGAAUUAAUUUAGGCGUUCGCUACAAGAAUUUAUCUUCUUUUUAUAUAAUUUUAAAAUGAUUUCUGGUCGUUAUGAAUGUUUUAAGCUAUAAAUAUGAGUUUUACUAAAAUAAUAUUAACUUGCACUUACUAAACAUGUUAUUACUUGUAGUUCCCGCCCUGCGACGAAAGCUCCGGUCUUCAGCAGCAGCUGGAGAUGAUCCGUCAGCAGUACGGACCCAACUCACUGCCGGACGUGAAGCCUCAGCCCCAACCUCAGCCCCAGAUGAGUCACUUGUGGAGUCCGAAUGGAUUCUUUGAACAGAAGAUGCAACCUCAACGACCAAUCCAACCUAUCCAACAGCCAUCGCAGCAAUUGUUCAGCUCACGACGUUCCUUCUCGACUUCGUCAGCGCCCUCCUCUGCUUUUGGCUCGUCGAAUUCUCUGGGCUCGAGUAACAACGCCGCCGCAUGGCCAUGGAACGACGACCUUUCCCUCUCCUCGCUGAGCCCACCCUUCCACGGAAUGCUGGGCCUACAGAAUGAGCUACACACUGGAGUCUCGAACACCUUUUCGGCCGGGAACCUUCAUGGCCUCGACGCGAAUCACCUGACUUUCCACACUUCGAUGCCAGCCUUUGGCCCGCAACAGACGAGCACGUUCGCUCACAACUUUGGCAUGAUGAGAUCGACCCCGGCCUCGUUGUCCAGCAACGACGACGAACUGAUCAUUAACAGCCCACUGAGUGGAACUGAAGAGCAAGGCGAACAACUGGCCAGAAGUGUGGCCCGAGCAUUGGAAAUUGAUUUAUAA